UGUGGGAGCCGGGACCGAGGCCGCGGUGAGGCGGGACGCGCGAGGCGAGCGGGGAACGUGGUGGGACCCAGCGGGAGCGUGGCGGCCAGCGUGAGGCGGUGUAAUGUUCAAGCCCAGAAAUGCCUUAUGUGGAUCGACAGAAUCGUAUUUGUGGUUUUCUAGACAUUGAAGAAAAUGAAAACAGUGGGAAGUUUCUUCGAAGGUAUUUCAUACUGGAUACCCGAGAAGAUAGUUUCGUAUGGUACAUGGAUAAUCCACAGAACCUACCUUCAGGAUCAUCACGGGUUGGAGCCAUUAAACUUACCUACAUUUCAAAGGUUAGCGAUGCAACUAAGCUCAGGCCAAAGGCUGAGUUCUGUUUUGUUAUGAAUGCAGGAAUGAGGAAAUACUUCCUUCAAGCCAAUGAUCAGCAAGACCUAGUGGAAUGGGUAAACGUCUUAAACAAAGCUAUAAAAAUUACAGUACCAAAGCAGUCAGACUCACAGCCUAAUUCUGACAACCUAAAUCGCCAAGGCGACUGUGGGAAGAAGCAAGUGUCUUACAGAACUGAUAUUGUGGGUGGUGUACCCAUCAUUACUCCAACUCAGAAAGAAGAAGUAAAUGAAUGCAGUGAAGCGGUUGACAGAAACAAUCUGAACCGGCCUCAAGGCCGUCUCCCCUACUUUGCUCCUAAGCCUCCUGCGGAUGGGGCGGUGAUCAAAGCUGGGUACUGUGUGAAGCAAGGAGCCGUGAUGAAAAACUGGAAGAGAAGAUACUUUCAGUUGGACGAAAAUGCAAUUGGCUACUUCAAGUCUGAAAUGGAAAAGGAACCUCUCCGUGUAAUACCACUUAAAGAGGUUCAUAAAGUCCAGGAAUGUAAGCAGAGUGACAUAAUGAUGAGGGACAACCUGUUUGAAAUUGUAACAACGUCUCGAACUUUCUAUGUGCAGGCGGAUAGUCCUGAAGAGAUGCACAGCUGGAUUAAAGCGGUCUCGGGCGCCAUCGUAGCACAACGGGGACCUGGCAGAGCUGCGUCUUCUAUGCGGCAGGCCAGAAGGCUGUCGAGCCCUUGUAUACAGAGGUAUACAUCCAGAGCUGGUGACUGCAGCGCGAGCAUCCCGGCUGUUCUCCAGAGUCCAAAUUCCCUGUCCGUUCUGCCGGCGCCGCCGCAGCCACCUCACAUUCCACAGCCACUCGCAGCCACUCUCUGGUCUCAAGCUUUACCAUGGAGAAGCGAGGAUUUUACGAAUCUCUUGCCAAGGUCAAGCCAGGGAACUUCAAGGUCCAGACUGUCCCUCCAGGAGAACCAGCUUCCAAAGUGACUGAACAAGCUCUGCUCAAACCUCAGAGUUUUAAAAACGGGCCUCGGGAAAAAGAUCAGGAGCCUGUGGACUUGGAUGAUGCAAGCCUUCCAGUCAGCGAUGUGUAAGGUGGAGCCUGUGGACUUGGAUGAUGCAAGCCUUCCAGUCAGCGAUGUAAGGUGGAGCCUGUGGGGCCGGCCUGCCCUGCCCACCCCCAGUGUCCUUCCACGAGGCUUCUAGCCAAAGAUGAGGAAAGGUGAAAUGGCUUCAGGGCAUAUACUGCAAUGCCUCUUAGGUGCACUCUAUAAGCUGGCAAACCAAGGAUCUAAGCAGUUGCCAACUAAAUGUAAUUUUGUUAAGGAAGAAAGAACAACCUGUCUCCAUAUCUGCCAUCUGAAGUUUUAUGUCUGGGUAGCAAAACUGUACGUGUAUUUUUUCUUUUUUUUAACUAGUGACUUUUAUAGUUUAAAUUUUUAUUGAGAAUUUUCGUACAUGAACAUACUGUAAUUUGAUCACAUUCCCCCUCCCCUUUUGUUUCCUGCCCCAUCCUACUGAACCUUUCUUCUUUCCUACGAAUCCUUCUAUUUUGAUGUCCUUUCCCCCUUCUCUCUCAUCCAUGUAGGAAUGGUCAUGGGCUCAACAUUGUGUGGUAAUUGUACCCAAUGGCCAUGAUGGGGUCAAUGCCACUGUUGCUUCAUGUUUGGAGGACAGUGACCCCGAGUGCUCCUUCCCAGUCACUGCCUCCCGCAUCCUUUCUGUCCGCUCUUUCACAGUUCCUCGAGCCUUGGAGAUUAGGCUAGAUAUGUCUCAUUUAGUGCUAGGCACUCAACAGCCACUUACUCUCAGCCCUUGGACAAGUUUUGAAUCCCCCCAGUUUCCACCGCCUUCUGCACAAAGAAGCUUCUCUGGCCAAUGGUGAGAGCAAGACUAAUCUGUGCUUAUAAACGCGAUGUAAAUUUUGAGGGGGCAAUUUGAGCAUGUCAUAUCCAUUUAGUCAAACAGUAGUAGUAGCUUCCCACACCCCCAGCCACCUUCUUAGUCACAGAUUUUUGAGUAGGUUUUCAGUAUCGGGCAUGAGUUCCCUCCUAAGGAGUAGACAUCUGCAGAGAAUACUUUCUCCCAUAACAGUCAUACCUCUAUUGCACCAGUAGGUACAUCUUGCCUGGCUGAGCAGUGGGUGGCAAACAGAGAGGAUCCACUGUUGGGUAAGACUGUUAAUGACUGUCUUCCCCCAGCAACCUACAUAGUACUUUGCAGCACUGUGGCAGCUCUCCAGCAGUGACAGCGCCCUCAUGUCAAUUCUAGUUGGCUUAUUCAGUGUCCUACAACUGAAGCAUGUGGAGUCUUCAGCCAAAGGAGCUUGAUCAACAGUUACGAUGGGCAACCGAGAGCUUUGGCAAUAGUCUAUUAUUUUGGGGACCCCAGGGACCUCCCUGACCAACAACUCACUGGGAGGUAUCCCACCCCUGGUACUGGGAUUUUACCACAACAACCUAUGGCUUCAGAGAGCAGCAUUGUCCACUUCCACCUCUCAUGUCCUUUAAAAAUCAUAAUUAUAUUUUUAAUUAGCUAACAAAAUUAAAACCUUUAACAACUUAAAACAUUGAAAGUUCUUAUUAAGUAUUUUGGUCACUUUAACAAUAAUACUGCGACUUCUCAUUAAAUGCUCAGCAUUUACAGUUAUCACAGUUGAUAUGUUAAGGGGAACAUCGCCAAGCCGAUGUGUGUGGCACUGCACUGUGGGCUGGUCUCUGGCCAGUGUGGACACCCUGGAUCUCAAGGUGAGAAAGCUUUGCGUAGGAGAUAGGAUUAGACCAUUGGCGAAGAUAGUGGGUUGUGCAGGAGUAGAGAAAGGGGGAAUUAGAAUUCAAGCACCUGUAUCCAAGGUUGAUUCCCUCCUUCCCUCCCUCCCUUGAGAUAGGGUCUCCGUGUAAACCUGACUAGCCUGAAACUUGCUUGUAGACUUGGGCUGGUUCAAGCUUGCCUCUGCCUCCUGAGUGCCAGGAUUAAAGGGACGUGUCACCAGCGCUUGGCCUAAGACACACGCUUGAAAGAGCUUAGAAUGUGCAAUUGUUAGUUCUUUAUUCAGUGAAAUUAUUUGGUCAGAAAUUUUGUGGAAAUCCAAUUUUCUUACCAAAGGUUUUUGAAUGGUUCUUAUUUCUGAAUUUGGAUCAGUGAAAGUUCGCAUGUAGUUACAACUGCCCAUAGUCAUGAAAUGUGGCCUCCAUCUUUCAUCAUUAACGUGUAUCCAAGUGCCUGUGCCUUUCCACUUUGUUCAGGAGUGUGCUCAGAAGUCCUACAUGAUUGGCUUUAAACAUUUGAAUAAAAUUAAUUUUCAGUAACAUGGCUUAAUGUGUUAAAUUAAAAUAGCUUUUUUUUGUGUUAGUAAUACCAGAGUGCUGAUUUUCUAUGAACUGUGCAAUAUGUGUUUUCAGAAACAAAUUUAAAUACCCAUUUGAUCAUGGGGCGAUUGUAAACAGGAGCACCACUGUAAAGAAUCCUGUUUCAGGUGGUGAACGAUAGACUGGCUUGAGCAAGUACUCUUCUGUGGUUCAGUCUUAAAUAUGUGCUUUAAGGAAACAGUCUUGAGUUUCACAUGCUGCUACUUUUAUAUUUUCCAUUUCACAAUACUGUUUUGUUUUAGGUUCAUACAUGUUACCAUUUUUCCUUUUCAUUUUCUAAGAUGACUUCUUGUCUGAGAGAGAGAGAGAAGUUUGCUACUACAGUGGUGGGGUCCAGAGGUGACGACGCAUUGCACAGAAUCACGCAGCCUCAGUUUUAAAUCCACAUGCACAAGAAUGCGCCACUCGACUCCUUAUUCAUAAGCUAAUAGUUUUGAGUUAUAUUUAGAUGUCUCUCUUUGACACUUAAAUUUGAAAAUUAUAGGAUGAAAGGGUUUAAGUAGUUUCCACUUUCUGCUGACAUCUCCUUGUGGUGGUUUCUUUUCAAAGUUCCUUUUUCCUGAAAACACCCAAGAAAUUGUGUAGAGACACUUGAGAUGUUUAAGAGCCCACUGCUGUUUUCUUUGGUACAGGUUACAUAUUGCAUGUUCAGUUUACCAUCUUUUGAUAUUGGUAAUUUGAUAUAUUUCAUGGUGGCAAAAUAUUAGCUCUAUUUUGGGACUUUUUAUAGAACCACCUUUAUUCAACAGCAUAGGAAAAUGUUCUUGUGACUGUCAAGGUCUCAUGAUAUUUAUUUCAAUUCUUUUAUAAGUAUCAGAAUUAUUUAAUUAUUUUAAAACUUACACUUUUCUUAUAAAUAUGUCACAUCUGAAAUGUUAAAAAUUACUUUGAAUAGCUUAAUAUUUGUUGCAUUUUUUCCCCUGUGUAUAUAACAUGUCUUCUUUAAGAAUGGGAAUGUGUGAUUCGCAGUGUUUACUGUUAGUUACAUCUGCCAACUUUAUAUGUCAGCCUUGGUUGAACACUGUAAUGACUUCAGAAUAAACUGCUCAGAAUUCA